UUAUGCCAAAACCGAACACGAACAUUUGUCGAUAAAUUGUUAAAAUUCGGGUCGACAUUGACAAGUUACCUGGGUGAAAACAGUUCUUACAGCUUUUAUUGUACUUUUGAAGCUUCCUGUGAGGAUAAAAGUCCCAAAAAAGGUUACAGACAUUAAAGGAACGCGUCUUCGACAAAUCGCCAUUGUCGUGGAAGAAGCAAAUGCUCAAUACUGAAAUUUGCCUUAUUACAAAGCAGAAAACUUGAACUUGAACGUUAAACGUUUUGCCAGGGGAACGCAUUACUACACGGUUAAAUACGGCAUAUGUAUGCUUCACUAGAAUAUAAAAAUGGUGCUGUUCUUACUUGUGCAUCUCAUAUGUGUCUGAGAGAGUGUGUUCGCGUGCCCGUUGGUUAUUGAAGAAAGCAUUGGUGGCAACUGGGAACAUUGGUAUCAGUAUGUCCUGGUGGUUCCAGACUUGUGGUCCGUUUACACGUAUUUAAUCUCGCUAUUUGUCGGGCGACAAGAGCAGCGACUGGGUUACAACUCCAAAAUUGCCCAUGUAAACAGCCUACCAUUUCACGGCGAUAACGGCGCGAUUUUUCGCGGGCAAUUCUCAGCAAAUUCGAUCAUGAUUGAAAUUUAAAGCAACUUUGCGGUCAUUUACGCACGAAAACACCAUACCUACUCCGCUCGGGAGAAAAUUGUUAUACCCGUUGUGGACAUGACAACAUCACAACUUCUAAUGAACCAAAAAAGGUUUGUGGGUUCAGACCCUUAUCAGUGAAUGGUCGAAAUAAGAAUGCUUAUGUGAGAGCUCAAAGCCUUGAUUUUAAAUGCCACGAUAAGCUCACAUUGGUGAGGGAAGUGACAUAAAGGACAGUUGACGAUGAACUUGAAAGUGAAUUCAGUUGUAAAAGAGGUUCUUUUUAAUGCUUACUGACUUUAUAGGAGAAAUCAUUGUUUACAAACAUUGUUUUUGUUAUUCGAAUGUGUAACGAAGGAAACAAGAGAAUCUUUUGCUUCAAGAACCUAUGUGCUUCUGGCAGGAACAUUAAUAUCAAUAGGUGAUGUCAGCCUGAGUAUGCGCAGCGUAAAGCAUUUCCAAGGUUCAGGUCGAUAAGGGCUGAAAUUCGAUUAAAGCUAAAACUAUUGUGACGUCAUUGCCACGUGAUAUUUAUUCCGAUCGCCCAAAAAAUAAUAUCAUAAUAAAGUUUAGUCUUUGUGUUCUAUGUGUAACACAUGUGUUGUAAUGGUCUUACCAUAAAAAUCAAUUUAUUUAAGUAUAUGAGAUUCAAAGAUUGUAUCGAGCGACCUUAAAUUGCCUAUAUGUAUGUAAAAGUGUCAGUUGCCUUGACGACAGAUGGUGAUGAUAUUUUGCGGAAGACGUAAGUCAAACUAUGGUCGCUAAUUUCGACAUGGCACACUCCAGAACAAAUAGUAUUGUCUGGUUAUGUGACAAGAAUAACAUUUCUCGUAGGCUCGUUGAUAAGUUGUUUUAAAUAGGCCUUUUUCAAAAAUACUAUAAUACUCUUUGUUGUCCCUCCAAAAUUUUGCAUAAGCAUUCUUUGCAAUUUCUCUUGUUUCAAAGAACGCGACGUCGCCGUUGUCGGAUCGUAAGGCCCCUAUCAUGGUCGACACUCGACUAACUGAUGACUAACAACGGCAAGAAGUCGAUGGAAUGUCGACCGAAGCAUAUAAACAGUAGAAAUUCCUCAGUAUUGAAAGCAAAUUGCCUUAGUGAGACAAGGUCAAGACAUCGUUCGGAGUAACAGUUAAUGUGAUUUCAGCAAAUACUUGAACUUGUACUUGUUUGUUUGUUUUUAAUUUGACGGCGUUGAUAGGUCUCUACGUGGUUAAGUUUAUAUUUUGCUGGUGUCGCUCAUAACAAAGGCCUGUGUAUCUUCACAAUAAGUCUCUGUUCGGGCAACUUCGUUUGCAUGUGAGUUCGCUAGGCUAAGGAGCUAAGAGAUCUCUUUAACUUGGAGGUCCUAGGAGAACUUGACCCUUUGUCUUUUCAUAAAUUACGCGUAGAUAUGCACCUGAAUAAGAUGUACUUUGAAAGAAACAGUUCAAUAGAGUAUUAACACAUUACCUGAAUAGAGAAAACAAAAGAUUUAAGUUAAAGAGGUCUAUUGUACCAUUAUCAGCCCUCUGUGUACUUUUUUAGAGAGGUGAAAUUGUACGUCAUACUUCAUGACCUUAAUAAUAUGGAUACCUACCCGUCUGUUCUUGCUUUAAUUAUACAGAGACUUUCCCCCCUGUGCCGCUAUUAUUCUUGCGAGUUUGUAAGGUUUUUUGCGAAUAUCGAAUCUGCAGGUGUAUGGGUGGAUUCAUCGUGACGUCUUUGUUUACAUUUUUGCUCAUGACCAUACGAGUUAACGCACAGAAGAUGUAGCCGUAUAUACCAAUUAGGUCGAAGCAUUGGACAAGACUCGUUUAAAACUGACUUACAAGGUCAAAAGGUUUUCAUGCUGGUUACAGGUUAACAAUGUGAGUUGCCGACAAAUAAUACUCGCUUCAGGUUUACUUUUCUCGUGCUAAAUAGAGUAAUGGACUACAGCAAAAGAAAAUUGCGUUUUAACAUAUACACUAUAGGCUUGGUCUUUUUGUAUGGGUUUUUCUAAGUGAAAUUUUCACCUUGGAACUUCGACAUGCUGGCCAUUGCCGCGGUGUAUAGAUUGUCAACUAACAAUUUAUCGCCCCAGUAAGGUAAUCCGAAUUCCAGAAUCCGGGAAACUUUUGCUACUGGAAUCUGGAAUCCAGGAAACUUUUUCUUUUGGAAUCCAAAAUCCUGGGCCAAGGAAUCUGGAAUCUCGCUAAUGAUUGUAAUCCAAAAUCCAAGUUCCGCUGACAAGGAAUCCGGAGUCCAGUACCUGAAAUCCAGAAUCUAAGACUGUUUUGGCAGUGAAUUUGACCUGCUCUGUGUUUCUGUGUGAUUACCGUAAAUUCUCUGUUAAGCACCCCUCUCAAAUGAGCCCCCUGCCCCUAGUAACCCCACCCCCUUUUCAGGGGAAGAAAGCUAAAAAGCCCCCCUCCCUUCCCCUAAUUAUUCUUCACUAAUAAAAGAUAGACUUUAUUAAUCAAUUACCACUGUAAAACUUUUGUGGACUGAUAGCCCCGGUAGUCUGUUGAGCCUACGAGAAACCGCUUUUUUAAAAACGUCUUCAGGGAGGUACAUGUGAAUUCCCUCUUUAAAAAAAAAAACAUACAAACACAAGUUUUGUAGGGAAUUAGCUGGGGUGUGUAUGGGCAAAAAUAAUUGGAUCAUCACUAGUCUGUUGUAAUUUCAGGUUCAAACACGGGGAAACGGCUUUUGUCUCCAAGUAGCACUCCAGCAUCAAAAGUCCCAAAAUGUUUGAGAGAUGAAGGUAAAGUUUGUUUAUGCAUGAUUUAGUUUAUAACCGUCUCAGUACUGAAAGCAACAUAGGAAGUAGAAAGAUCUGCGUGGACGAACUUGUGUUCUUAAAAGUUUUUGUGCCCCCUGCCACACCCCUUCCUCCUCCUGCUUUAGAGAUGGAUACUCAAGAUGCUGGGGUCACUCUCAUUCGUUCAGUAGCAAAACUUAAACUCAAGUUUGACGCACGCUCUCUCUAUUUCGUGCGUGCUUCACAUUUCACAAAGUUGAACCUGGUAAGUACAGAAUUUUUUGUUCGCAUUUUCUCAAACUCUAAUCAAGUCCUAUUCUUGUCUCAAGUGCCUAAUGAUUUAUUUGUGCGAAGGUAGUGUGGCGAAACGCAAAGAUGCUUUUCUGGUUUGAUUAUUUGUUUUUAAACUGAUUUUACGUGAUAAAUAGGCCUCAAGAAUUCAGAAGCUGAAGUAUAUUUAACUCUUUCACCCCUAGAGCAAGUUAUGGCGAGAUAAUUUGUCAUUCUAAGUUCUGCAUCUGUGAACGAAACCCUAUAGUGUUACCAUUUAAAUGAAUUCUCUUUGUUAGAACUUUUACUCAGUGCUAUUUAUUUCGUGGGAUUUCACUAAAAAGAAAUCUGGAAUCUUUGUGAGUUUUCCCUUUUCCACUCUUACUAGUGGAGAGGUAAAUGUAGGAGUGGCUGAAAAUUGAUUCCUCAUAAAAAAUAUGGCUGUUAGUUUCUCAGUGGUGCUGCGUGCGGGAGUGAAAUGCACAAAAAUUGGUUUUAUCAACUGAGUCGACACAGGUAAAUUGGCCACCUUGAAGAGGUUUUAAAGCAUACGUUUCGAGAGCUAACCCCGCGUUAGGUGUUUUCGUUAUUCAACAUUUCCUUUUAAGGCCUAUCUGUAGUAAAAUACAGUCGAACCUCCAAGUGCGACCACCUCUCGUAAGCGACCACCUAUCCAAAACACCAAACGUUUCCUAGUCGAAGCUGUACAGUUGGAACCUCUCGUAAACGACCACCUCCUGUAAGCGACCGUGACAACUUUUUGGGGCUGACGGCUUUAUAGUUUUUUAUUUUUUUUACCUCUCGUAACCACUUAAUGCAUGGUUUGAACUCUAUGCUAGCUGGGUGUACUAUUCCACUCAGUGACAACAUAAAGCAACACAUAUCGUAACUUGGAUGCAAAACAUUAUCCUCUAUAAAGUAGAUGAGUCCUGAUCUCUUGUCGGAAGAGAACCCCUGUUGUUCUAUUCUCGUAAGUGAUCACGUCCCGUAAGCGAUCUUUAACUCUUAACAUUUUGGGCAGUAGCUUAUGGGAGGUUUGACUGUUUUUGAUUUACGUACAACUGACGUAAACACUGACGUCGGCGAAGACUUUAAAGUAGCGUAUUCUUUUAACUCCCUGUAAGUACUCAAUGUAAAGAGAGUUUACGGUCAUUCAAUGAAAGAAAGGGAGGACAACAUUUUACAAAUACCCCGGUCGUAGCGUCAAAUCCUCUUAUUUGUUGUUACUGACAGAUAUUUCCGAUCUCCUUGUUUCCAACAGGCAGGGACAGCUUGGUUAUUGUGAAAUUACUAAAAAAGGAAUACAAAAGGCGCUCGCAGCUAAGACCACUUUUUUGGGAUAACACCAUCCAGUUGCCCAUAGAACAAGUCUACACAAGACUGAAAAUUAUUUCAAGAGGAAAGUUGGCCAUCCAAAGAAAAGACGACGAUGUGAAUGUGUUUGACAUCUUCAACGUUCCUGAUAUAGGGGAGGAUGUUAUAACGAUAGUAGAGGGAAGUCCAGGAAUCGGUAAAACUACGUUUUGCCUGAAGCUUGCUUAUGACUGGGCUCAUGGAAAUAUCCCAUCGAAGUGCUCCUUUCCCAAAUUUGAAUUUGUGUUUCUCCUCAAAUGUCGUGACAUUGAUGGAGAUUUAAUGGAAGCUAUCAGUGAACAACUUUUGCCCAGAAAAAUGGAGAAGUCUGUGGAGAACUUGUUGCACUUGAUGAAGGACAUUCAUAACCAGGAGAGACUGAUUUUAAUCAUUUUGGAUGGAUUGGAUGAGCUACCUGAAAAAUCACGGCACCAUGUGGAUGAGCUGCUUCACAGAAGAAUUUUACCAUUUUGCUAUGUCUUGGCUACAACACGACAAGAAAGGGGAAUCGAAGUAAGGAAAAGCGUUGUCUUUGACAUUCACUUAGAAAUCAAAGGGUACACGGAAAGUGAUGCUAUUGCGUACGUCAGAAGACACUUUGAAACCAUUGGUCAGUCAUCAAAGGGGGAGAGGCUUGUUCAGGAAAUGGAACAGAACACCAUGUUACAUGCACUUCGAAACAACCCACUAAAUCUACUUCUUCUCUGUGUUAUUUAUGAAGACUAUGAUGGAGAAUUGCCAACUUCCCGGACGGAACUUUACGAAGUCAUUGUCGAGUGCCUUUUAAGACGCCAUUGUGUAAGACACAGUCUGGUGGUACCGAAAGAUAACACCACUUUACGGAAACGAUUUGAAGAAGAUGUUUUUGCUCUUGGACAGCUGGCUUGGACGUGCCUUCUGAACGAUCGUCAAUCUUUUCCCGAAGGAGAACUGGCAGAACUUGAGGUCAGAAAUAAAAACCUGGUAGCUCGCAACAUAGGCCUUCUUUACAAGGAGGAAAGUCGGAAGAGAAUAAGCCCACAACACGAGUACUGGUUUCUUCACAAGACCUUCCAAGAAUAUUUGGCUGCCGCUUUUAUUACGCACAAGCUACUGAGAGGAGAGAAUGUGUUCGAGUUCAUGACGUUUGAUGAUUUGGUCCGAAGCCCACAAGUUUUUCUUUUUGUCUGUGGUAUGCUGGGCGAGAAAGCAACCGUGUUAUUCGCUCAGAUUGGCGAGAAGUUAAAUGAGAAGGAAGACUGGUACUGGGACGAUUGUAGCCAGCAGGAAGCAAUGUUCUUUGUAGAAAUCUUUAGUGAAAGUGAACAUGCCGAACAAAUGGCAACUAUUCUUUGUAACAUUAAGCCUUUUCCAGAGGUUGUAUAUCCUACAUACAGUAAAGAUGGCCCCUGCCUUCGGGUUUUAAUGGCUUGCAAAAGCUUUUCAAACGUAAAGACUCCUGCUUACUUUCAUGCUGAACUUUUUGAGAAUAAAGAACUGGAUCCUAACAUGACAUGGAUAGAAACGGACCUUGUAAUAGAUUGUAUAGAAUCCCUCUCGAAUUUGACAAUCGUUAGCCUUGGAGUUUUUGACAGUGUUUCUCUGAGAACAUCCCAUGCAGAUCGUCUUUGUAAAUGGUUAUCUGUAAGCAAGAGUUUAUCAGAGUUUAUUCUCAAAUUGGAACAGGUUUGCGUUGACGGUGACGUGCCUGUUCUAUUGGGCAAAGGGUUGGCUUUAUGUCAAACCGUGACAAAAGUAAAGUUAGCAGUUCCUGGAUACGGUAGCGAGGCUUACUUCAAUGUUCUUGAAACUGGAUUGUCCGCCGACAACCAACUUACGUCUGUCGUUGUCGAGAUUUAUGGCUCAGUGAGUUCCGCUGUGGUACAAGCAUUACAAAAGCUAUUAUCAAAUAAGUCUUUGACAUCUCUUUCUCUCAGCAUUUACGGAGAUGUGCAGGAUUUAUUAGCUAGUGCUGUCAAUGGAGCACUUGCAAGGCAGUCAGUUUUGAAAUCUCUUGAUCUACGUCUUAGUGGAAAGCUAAGUCCUUUGGGUGCCAAUUUGCUACAAAAAGGUCUAUUAGAAAAUAGUUCUUUGAACUCAUUCAAAGUAAUUGUUCAUGGUGAGCUCCCUAGUAACUGGCAGUCUGUUGUGGAAAACCUUUAUUCGAGAAAGAAGUCCCUAGUUACCUGUACUCUAUAUCCAAACACCUUGGACAACAUAGCAGAAGAACAUGUUGAUCUUUUUUUGCCGGAAAAGGAAUUAGCACCAAAGCAGCACUUGACUGUGAACGUUUGGGGUGAGCUGAAUUGUGAAGGAGCACAAUCUCUAUGCAAAGUCUUCGGAAGUUCCUCCUUUGCUUAUCUAACUUUAAACGUGCGUGGAAACUUGGCCGGUGAUGUAAUUUUUUCUAUCGCAAGUGAUCUGGAAGGAAGCAAGACACCCUCUUUCCUGACCGUCAAUAUCUGGGGCAAUUUGACACCAGAGGGACGAACAAUUCUUUCCAAACUUUCAAAGAACAACCCUGACGUUCAUUUUAAUGUACAUGAUGUGCCAGAGGAAUCUAACCAUGUCCUUGACAUCUCUAUCGAUAAUCCUGCGGCAUUAAGAGCGUUUUCCGCUAAAGUCAAGAAUAAGGACAAGGUCAGUCUUUCAAUCAACCACAGCAAUAAAGACGUCAUUAAGGACAUGAUAAGUUGCCUAGGUGAUGCUUUGGCAGAAAACCCUUCAAUGACUUCCCUUGAUCUUACAGUCAACAGCUGCUGCAUGGAUGAAGACUUGGGAGAAGACCUUGGGAAAAGGUUAUUGCAAAGCACUUCUUUGACCUCUCUUGGUCUCACACUCAACUGCGGUAACCUGAAAGAAGGAUGGGCAUGCAAACUGGGUGACUGCUUGAUGGAAAUGGCAACUUUAGCUACACUGAGCCUUGAACUAAAUGACUGCAGUGAGUGGAAUGAGGAAGAUUUUCUCGGCUCGUAUAAGCUGAGAAACGUGUUGGUGGAAAACGAUUCAUUAUCUACCCUUUCUGUUGCAAUUCCUUCCGGAAUCGGGAACAUGUUUUUGAAGAAAGUCAUAGAUCACUGUUUGCUGGAGUGCAAGUCACUUAAAAAUCUCAGUCUGGUAUUCAGUAUAUGCGACUACUGCCUGUACCUUGAUACCUUAGAUUCCACAACCUCAUUAAAUACACUCACUCUGGCAAUUUCUAUUAGUCAUCAUGUUUUCGAGCCAGCAGUACACGACUUUUUUGAAAACCUCUAUGACGGUUUGUCAUCAAACGCAUCAUUAACUACACUUACAGUUUCUGUGUCACUUUAUAAUGUUAAAGUACAUGUUGAACUUGACAGGCGCCGUAGGCGGAUGUUCGAGGACGGAUUGUCAAAGAACAAGUCUAUAACGACGUUAAGUUUCACAAUAAAUGAAUUCGGUGGACUCAUGAUGUCGUAUGUGGGAAGGCUUUUAAGUCAACUAAGAGUUUUUGAAGGUUUGGCGCAAAACACAUCAAUAACCACAUUCAACCUGACACUCAACAGUAACAAAGAAGUGACUUAUGAAUGGUUACCAGCCCUUUGCGACGCUUUGAAGAAAAACUCUUCACUGACUACACUGAGAUUGAAAGUGAACAUCCAUUGUGCUAGAGGUGAAAGUCGUUUAUAUGACUUUAGUAAACUUAUGAUAGAAAGCAAAUCGUUAUCCUUACUUGAACUCGAGGUAAGUAUUUAUGGAAAGGAAAAUAACAGAAGAUUUUAUUCACAGUAGCAGAUACUAUUUCGAUUUGUGGGCUUCACAUAGCAAACAUCGCGCAGAAUGCUUAUUCUUCUCAUGUGAUGCAUGGCGAUCAUCGCAGAAGUUCUGUUUUUCCGAUCCCGAGCUGCCAAUAGCUUCUCACGUGCAUGCAACUCCACCCUUGGCUGAAGAGGCACAGCAGUGGUGGGUAAUUUAGACUUAAGUCUCCGACUGUUCAGCACCUGUAAGGGCGAAAGGCCAAUACCACUGACAGGGCACGGGUAUUUCGAUACUCUAUCGCUCUCACACGAAUGUUAAUACAACAUGAGUUACUAGUAGUUUUAGAGUUUGAUAAAAAUUGUCACCGACUCGUGUGACUUGUAUGCCAUCUGGUCCAGUGUGACCAAGGUUAAUACAACAUGAGUUACUGGGAGUUUUAGAGUUUGAUAAAUAUUGUAACUGAUGAUUGUGAAUUGUACACCAUCUGGUCCAGUGAGGCCACGGUUAAUACAACACGAGUUACUAGUCGCUUUAGAGUUUGAUAAAUAUUGUAACUGAUGAUUGUGACUUGUACGCCAUCUGGUCCAGUGUGACCAAGGUAAAUACACCAUGAGUUGCUUGUAGUUUUAGCGGUUGUCAAAUAUUGUAACUAAUGAUUGAUAUAGUAUUUUAUAUUUCAAUGGAGUUUGUAUGAUAGUGACAAAUAUACAGAAAAGAAAUUAUGAUUUAGUUUGUAUUAAAAUAUGUAAACUGUAUUUCACUAUGAUUAAGUUAACUUGGCCUUAGGUAAAGAGCACCGAUUCUUUUGUAAAUCGGCUGUAUUGUUAUUUGUGAAUGCAAUGAACAUUUAGAAACAAGUAAGUGAAAGCAGUGCAAUCUACCUUCAGCAACAAAC